AUGAGAGAAAAGAAAUAUAGAGCCGUAACUUAUUCUGUUUCAAAAGCUUCAGAUGAGCGAAAGCCUGUGAUUACCAUAUCUAAUGCACAUAUAGGUUCUGUGGGCUCAAACUUCAGCCAUGGAGCCAAUUUUGCCACUGCUGGGUCAAUCGUCAGGCUUCAAGACACUGCUAAGGCAGCAAAGUGGAUGGAGUCCCAUUUCAUUAGACGUUCCAUCUGUUCAAUAUUCAAUAAAAAGAUCCCAGAUGCCGUCAAGGAAUAUGAAUAUUCGAAACCAUCCUAUAAGGUUUUGUCGAAUAAUGUGACACAGGAAGGAUUUUGGGACUUUGCUGACAAAGGCAGAUUAUUUUCCCAAAGCUUAAGUAUCAAUUACAAGCUCAUAAAUGAAAUUUUCGCAUAA